AUGCGCGCCACCUCACAAGACAACGACUAUGUAUGGAGCUACUUGCAGAAGAUUCAUCAUACAGAUUGGUCUGUUGUCGGGGACAUCCAGCCUACAGAAGAAGAAUCGAAAUGGUUAGGUCAAUUUUGGAAAAAUACUUCUAGUCACGGACAACCUAUCCCGUUAUUCGGAGUUCGCACAACCAGUUGA